AUGAAGCUGCUGACGCACAACUUUUUGUCUUCUCGUUUCCUCAAAAAUGUGGCGACAGGAUAUCCUCUACUUUUAAGAGUGAACGAGAAAGAGUUGCGAGAAGUCGAAUUCGAUCAAGAUUUUGUCCAAAAUAUUAUGCCCAAGGUUGAUUAUAAUUGUUUGGUUUCGACUUUGAUGGCGAUCGGGGAACAAGGCGCUUUACCAAAUGAACUACCAGAAAAUUGGAGAGAGAACGAAGAACUGUUAAAAGAAUUACAUCGUGUUCUUGUCAAAAUUGAAGUGAUUGUCGGCGAAUUAGAAUGUCCGGAAAGUGGUCGCGUAUUUCCCAUCAAAGAUGGAAUUCCCAAUAUGUUGUGUCAAGAAGAUGAAUGU